CAUUAAACCCGUAAUAAUUAAAUUUGACUAAUCCAACCCUUUUCGCUUCGCCGUUUUGAAACUUCAGAAAACAGAAAAACCUCUCAAAAACCCUAAUUUGCUUUCUUCUUCUUCGCCGCGACGCCUGACUCUCUGUCGCUCUUCUCUUCCGCCACCGUCUAACUGAUUCACCUCCUGGGCAAGCUGAAGAAAGUUGUACUUUGAAGCCUGCUUCUCCUUCGAUUAGUCUGGGAAAGAUGAAUUUGGUGAAUAUUAAAGAUGUAUUGACUUCUUUCAGUCCUGCACUAGAUUAUCUCGCUCUUAGCACCGGAGAUGGCCGUAUCAAGAUUUGGGAUACUGUCAAGGGUCAGGUCCAAACAGAGUUUGCUGAUAUUGCAUCUACAGAGGAGACAAACAUAUAUACCAAAGUUGGAAAAGGUCACCUUUCAGUCGAUUAUACUUGCAUGAAAUGGUUGUCUCUGGAGAAAAAGAAGAAGAGGAAACUUGGAACUUCCGUAUUGGUAUUAGGAACUGGUGGAGGAGAUGUUUUAGCACUUGAUGUGGCUUCUGGUCAGCUGAAAUGGAGAAUAAGUGACUGUCAUCCCGGUGGUGUUAAUGCUGUUUCAUCUUCAGCAAAGGCAUCUUGCAUAUACAGCGGUGGGGCAGAUGGGAUGGUUUGUCAGAUCGAUCCCCACAGUGGAAAUCUGAUCAGAAAGUUCAAAGCUUCAACAAAAACAGUUUCUUCUUUAUGUGUUUCACCAGAUGGAAAAAUAUUAGUCACUGCAUCUACUCAGUUGAAGACUUUUAACUGCUCUGAUCUCAAGAAGAUACAGAAGUUUACUGGUCAUCCUGGGGUUGUGCGUUGUGUGGCUUUUACCGAGGAUGGGAAGUAUGUCCUCUCAUCCGCAGUCGGGGAAAGAUAUAUUGCAGUUUGGAAAACAGAUGGUGCAAAGAAGCAGUCAGCUAGCUGUGUUCUUGCCUUAGAGCACCCUCCUGUCUUCGUGGAUAGUUGGGGUGAAACAAAUGAAAAAGGGUUAUACGUUUUAGCAAUUUCAGAAAUAGGUGUCUGUUAUUUUUGGUAUGGGUCAAAUGUUGAGGAACUAUGCAAUGCAACGCCUACAAAAGUCGCAUUAGCAACUGCAGAUUCUUCCCUCAAACCUUACAAGAGCUCAUUGCCUUUAAUCUUUGCUGCCAAAUUACAAGGCAUUUUGAAGCCUGGUUCUGCACAUGCAUUUAUUGCAUCCGGAUUGCUUGUGAAACCUUCAUUCCAGAAAAUGGUGUUGCAGUUUGGCAAUGACUUGGUGCUGAAUGCCUCUAAGGAUGGGAUCCUUCUCCCUAUCACUCAGUCAGUUUCCAAGUCCAGCAAGAGGCAAGGCGUGCAGAAUAAAGUUACAACAUUAGACCGUGCACAUGCCGAGGAUGCUUUGCUGCCAAUCGCAAGAGUUGCUGAUCUGCACGAGAAAAAGAGUGUACAACUACACUCAUCUGAUAAGGAUACUUAUAUGGUUGACCAAAGUCAUGCUGAUCAUGUAGAAACAUUUAGCAUGGAGGAUAAGUUGAGAUCGUUAGGGAUACUGGGAGGUACAGAUGAACAUAAAAAUCUUUCCUAUGCUUCAAUAAUUGAUGGAACUGAUCUCAAGGCUUAUCUACCACCAAAGAAGUUAAAGUCUGCUGUUUUGUCAAUGGAACCCUCCACUGCAUUCAAGACUCUAGAAGCUUUGGCUGCUAUGUGGCAGACAAGGGCUUGUGGUGGGAGGCAUCUUCUUCCAUGGAUAUACAGCAUAAUGGUGAAUCAUAGUCAUUACAUCAUGUCCCAAGAACCAAAAAACCAGCAGCUUCUUAAUACAUUGGUUAAGAUUACCAAGUCCCGAGGAACGGCUCUUCAACAGUUACUACAGUUAUCUGGGCGCUUACAACUUGUUACAGCUCAGAUCAAUAAAGCUGCAGGAAGUCAAACGCAAAUAACAGCCCAUGAUCAAGAGAUUGAUGAAAGUGAGGAUGAGGAAGAAGAUGUAGAAGACCAUUUCUAUGGUGAGAAUGAUAAUGAAUCCGAUUUAAGCAGUGACGAUGGAAAGGAUAAAGAUGAUUCCUUGAUGGAGACGUAAGCUAAUGAGCGAAGCGUAGAGAAAGGAGCGUGGCCUCUUCUUCUCACGUUUUUUUUUGGUCUCUUUUAUGAUUCCCAUUAUCUUGUAUUAGAAUUUGUAUUUUUGAUCCGAAGCGGGAAUUUUUUUCACUCAUUUCUUGUCUUCUAUGCGUUGCACAGAAUUAUCUGUCUUUCUUUAAACUGAACAAGACUACAACGAAACGCUUAAGUUCCAUAGCAAAGAAGUAUUGCAACGGAAAGAAAGCCUUUACUUAUCUAGUUCCUUUCAUGUUGGAUUACGUUCAAAGAGAAAAAA